GGCCCAACAGACAGAUCCCAAUGACCACUUAGCAGUAUACUACCUGGCUCUGCAGUUUGCAUAUGGGUGUCAAGUUGGGGAAGCCAUGAGUCACGUGAAGAUGGCGCUGAAUCUUCGAGCAGAACACGUGCCAUCUCUGCAUCUGCUUAUACUCCUCCUCUCUGCUCAGAAACAACAUGCCGAGGCCCUGCAGCUGGUUGAAGCUGCAUUAGAAGAAUAUCCCGAUAACCUCAAUUUGCUCUAUGUGAAAGCGCACAUUGAGUUACAAAGUCAAGGUGGAGAGUCCGCACUGUUUACUGCUAAACGUAUGCUGGCACUAUGGAAGACAUUGUAUGAGGAGCAGACAAACAUUGAACUUCCAGACCAGUCAGAAAAACGAAGUGAUACCAGAAGUGUGUUCCAGCUAUACACCUGUGAAAUGUCUGACAAAGAUUCCAGUGCUAGCAUCAGUAACCUUAGAAAGUGUCCAUCAUCACUGAGUGUCCAUCAGUCACAAAACUACACAAUAACAGGCUCUUUACAUGCACAUUCCUUGGCAGCUUCACGUGUGGAGCAAGCAUUGUCAGAAGUAGCUUCAUCACUCAGUUCCUUCACUCCUCGCCCUGGUCCACAGCGAGCGUGGUUACUGCAGCUUCAAAUCUGGCUGCUGCUGGCAGAGAUUUAUCUCUCACUGGAACAAGUUCCUGCAGCCAUGGCUUGCAUCCAGGAAGCUUCAUCCAUUUUUCCGCUUUCACACCACAUAAUGUACAUGAGAGGACUGGUCCAUGAAUAUAAACAAGAAUUUGUAGAAGCAAAACUGUACUUUCAGAAUGCUGUUGCAAUCAAUCCAACACACAUAAAGAGCCUUCAGCAUUUGGGUUUAAUUUAUCAUUACCUUGGAAGUCAGAGAUUAGCGGAGAAAACUCUGAGGGAUGCAGCCAGAAUUGAUCCUGCUUCCCAUCAAACAUGGUACAACUUAGGCAAGGUGUUGGAAUCAUUAGGUGAAUUUGACACUGCAAGUGAUUGCAUGGCAACUGCUCUGCAGGUGGAAAUAUCAAAUCCUGUUCUCCCGUUCUCCUCUAUCCCUCUGACAUUUGACUGAGCAGAUGGUUGCACUGUAAUGAAGCUGACUGUAAAUAUUACAUGCUGAAGACAGUUAUAACACACUGCCAAAGUUGUGAUGUUAAAUUAUUUGUGAUAUAAGGUGAUUCUUGUUUGGUGGAUAAUUACAUUCCCUUCAGUUCUUUCGUGUAUAAAGUUUGUUCCGAUGUAACCCAUUCAUGUGUUUGGAUGAAGACAUCAACGUUGCAGUGGUGCAGCUGAACCAGCAGCAGCCUAAGGUGUUCCAUGCAAAGAGGAUCCCAUCUAUUGGUGCUUCAGUGGAAUGUCACUGAACAGGUUUCACUUCAACAACCCUAAAAAAUAAGGUUUGAACAAGGCAGAGAACUGAAUACUUGUCCAGAGCAAAAAGAACCCCAAGUGUUCAUCUUGAUCUUCAGCCAAACUACAAUAAAGGAUUGAAAGAAAAUAUAAAGAAAUGUUUGGGGUUACUAAGUUUUUGGGCUUUGUCUGCCAUUUGGUAUGCUAAAGAACACAGUGUUUCACAGACCUGAUCUGUUUCU